CCUCGUCCUCUGGAAGAGCUCUCCCGGGAUGGGAGCUCCGGCUGCGGAGUGAUGGUGGCAGCAGCGGAGAUGGGCCGGGCAGGGACCAUGGCGGUGGCGGCAGAGGUGGCAGGGGCGGGGCAGCUGGCGGUAGAGAAGGCUGUGGUCUUCAGGGGUCUGUAGGUGGAGGCAUGGCUCGGGCCAGCAUCAGGAACAGCAGCGAAGAGGCCUGGGGGGCACACCGGGCGCCGCAGCAGCAGAGUCCGGCAGCGUCUUCUCUUGAGGGAGCAAUCUGGAAACGAGCUGGAACCCAGACUCGCGCCCUGGAUGCCAUCCUUUAUCCUCCACAGCAAUCCCAUCUGCUUCAAGAGCUGUGCCCAGGAGUGAAUACCCAACCCUACCUCUGUGAGAGUGGUCACUGCUGUGGGGAGACUGGCUGCUGCACCUACUACUAUGAACUCUGGUGGUUCUGGCUGCUCUGGACAGUCCUCAUCCUUUUUAGCUGUUGUUGCGCCUUCCGUCACCGGAGAGCUAAACUCAGGCUGCAACAGCAGCAGCGGCAGCGAGAGAUCAACUUGUUGGCUUACCAUGGGGCAUGCCAUGGGGCUGGCCCUGUUCCUACUGGUUCACUGCUUGACCUUCGCCUCCUCAGCGCCUUCAAACCCCCAGCCUAUGAGGAUGUGGUCCACCACCCUGGCACACCGCCGCCCCCUUACACUAUGACCCCAGGCCACCCCUCGACUGCUUCCAGGGAACGCACCUGCUGCUCUUCUGCAUCCAGCUGCUCUGCCCACCUGGAGGGGACAAAUGUGGAAGGUGUUUCCUCCCACCAGAGUGCCCUCCCUCAUCAGGAGGGUGAGCCCAGAGCAGGGUUGAGCCCAGUUCACACACCCCCUUCCUGCCGCUACCGUCGCCUGACUGGUGACUCAGGUAUUGAGCUCUGCCCUUGCCCUGACUCCAGCGAAGGUGAGCCAGUCAAGGAGAUGAGGGCUAGUGCUACCCAACCAGAUCUGGUGGACCAUUCCCCUUGUGUACUGUCCCCAGAUUUUACGUCCCAGACCCCUUCCUUGGGGCUGGCUUCCAGUUAUGGGGACAUCCCGUAAGUAGUUUCAAGAGGGAGGCUGGGAGUUACUUGGCCACCAGGAACAACCCUGGUUGCAACUUCAGUCCUCGAUGUGGGCCCCUCCCCCCUAGAAUAUGCCUGAAAGGGUGGGAGUCCUAAAGAGGGGCAGUACCGAGGACUAUGCUAUCUUUACUUACCCCCAAGACAUACACAGGAGCCUUUAAUCUCAUUAAAGAGAUGUGAACCA